AUGAUAUUACUGUUAAAAAUUGCUUUAUGUUCGACAAUGUAUACCGAUGAAGAAUUAUCAUUAGCAAAUCGUGCUAUCGGUGGAGAAUCAUUAGAUACUUCAAAUUUUGUUUUAUAUAUCGAUGAAAAUGGUUCACGAUUCAUUGAAGUACCAUAUGAAUAUAUGACAGAAUGGAUUAAAGAUCAAAAAAUGUGGCGAACAUGGUCAAUCAUGUUAAUUAUUUUAUGUUUUAUUUUCUUUACUAUUGUAGUUGCUUUUCUUAUUCAUAAUUUUCAGACAUCAACAGGUCCUUUUUCUCUUUGUCAUAAACAUAUUAAUGAAAAUUCUUCUGAUGAUAAAAUGACAUCAUCAGAACUAGCGGAUUAUUCACAGACAGACAAUAUUCCAAUGUUCAAUACAAUUAUAGAUCCUCGACAUAUAUCUCCAUUUAAAAACAUUGGACAAUUAUAA